GAUUGAUUGAAAGUGUCACAAAACACACCGAAUAAUGAUAUCUGUGUUUACAAGGAGCUCUUUAGAGUUAUACAACAUUAACAAACAUGUAUUUUUGACAAAUGCACUAACUUCAUUAAACAGAAGAAACCGACAUGACAUAAGGGGCAAGUCAAAAAGAGUUCACAGUUAUGAUGAAUGGAAAAUCAAAAAUGAAAAAAAACAAUCGAUAAAGAAGCUCGAUAAAGAGAUAGCUUAUAAAAAUUUGGAUGUUUCUCAAAAUAAAACAUGGAUUGCUGAUCCGAUUGCUAAAAGAAUGUCAAAGAAAAUCUUGUCUUCUGUUUCUCUUGAGAAAUGUCUUUCAAAACAAGAAAAUAGUCACUUGAACGCCGAUAAUUUUGGUGGUAUUUUACUUGAAUCAGUGAAUGUAUUGAAAUCAAAAUUUCGUAAUAAAGAGUUUGAUCAUCAUAAGCCUUUGAAAGAUUUGAUGCUUUCAUCUUUGGAAGAUAAAGAGUUUGGCAAGUUAGUUACCACACACAGCCCUGAUGCAGUAUCAGAACUAGAGUCUACUUUAAUCAAUCAAAUAAAUAAAUCAACGCCAGAGAGGUUGAAUGAAUAUGAUUUGAGUUUUGAAGAUUAUAUCAAUCCAUCAAUUUCCAAAUUGCUUGAUAUUCUUUAUUUUAUAGGAUCCAGAAAGACACCAAAAUCAACAGUUUCAAAUUAUGAUCCAUUAAAAAACAUGAAUGAACAAUUUCAAAAAAUUUUAGAAAUUGUUUUCUAUAAUAUAUUAAGAAAUAAAUUGACAAUUUUUACUCCUUCUAAUGGGUUAUCUAUAGACAUGUCUAAUCCUGCUGAAUGGUUUCCAUUAGCAAGAAAAUUUCAUCGAAAAAUUUUUAUGCACCUUGGACCAACUAAUAGUGGUAAAACUUAUAAUGCAUUGCAGAGAUUAAAAAAUGCUAAAUCUGGGUUUUAUGCGAGUCCAUUGAGAUUAUUAGCCAGAGAAGUAUACGAAAGAUUUAAAUCGGAGGGAAGAAGAUGUAAUUUAAUAACUGGAGAAGAAAUUAUAUUGGAUUGUGAUGAGUUUGGUAAUCCUGCGCCAAUAUCAAGUGGAACAAUUGAGAUGUUAUCUACCACACAAGAAUAUGAUGUAGUAAUUUUGGAUGAAAUUCAAAUGCUUGGUAAUGAGCAAAGAGGUUGGGCCUGGACUAAUGCGUUGCUUGGUGCUGUUGCAAGAGAAGUUCAUCUUUGUGGUGAGGAGACAGCAUCAGAUAUUGUACGAAAUUUGGCUGAAUUAUCUGGAGAACCUGUUUUUGAAACUCGAUACAAACGAUUAGGGAAAUUACGAAUUGAAAAUAAACCGCUUAGCUCUCAACUAAAUGCUCUACAGAGAGGUGACUGUAUUGUUUCAUUUUCUAAAAAGUCUAUAUUAAGUUACAAGUCUAAAAUUGAAAAGGAAACGGAUCUAAAAUGUGCAGUGAUUUAUGGAAAUUUACCACCUGAAAUUAGAACUACUCAAGCAGCCGGAUUCAAUAGUGGCGAUUAUGAUGUUUUAGUAGCGUCAGAUGCGAUUGGUAUGGGAUUAAAUUUAAAGAUUAAUAGAGUCGUCUUUUCUCAAUAUAAAAAAUUUGACGGAAAUGAGAAAAAACCAUUAACAGUUUCAGAGGUUAGACAAAUUGGUGGCAGAGCUGGAAGAUUUAAAGUUAGUCCUCUUUCGAAUUUGGUUAAUGGUAACAAAGGUAGUGAUUCCGAUAAUAAUAAAGUGGAAAAUAUUGAUAUCAAUAAAGAUGAUAUAAAAUAUGGAUAUAUAUCGGCAUUUUCUAAUGAAAUAUUAAAUCAUGUUAAAAAUUCGUUUUUAACAAGAACUACACCAAUAAUGAAAGCUUGUUUAUGGCCUCCGGAUAAUAUAUGGGCACAAUAUAUUUCUGAGUUUGAUUCGGAUACAUCAUUAUAUUCUAUUAUUGAAUCAUUUGAAAAGAUUAUUAGAGGAACAAGGCAUUAUUUUGCAUGCGAGAUUUCGCAGCGAUUAGAGUUAACUAAAAUAUAUCAAGAUACUCCAUGGUUUCCAAUGACCGAUCAAAUUCGAUUAUCAAAUGCACCAGCUGGUACACGUAAUCCAGAACAAAUUAGGGUUUUUGUUGAGUAUUGUAAAGCGAUUGCGUUUGGAGAGAGAAAAAGUAUAUUUGAUUUCAAUGAUUCAAUACCAUUUGGAGUGUUAUUAAAUGAAAGAGAGUUAGAAGAUGUGUAUGAAAUUGAGUAUAAAGAGUUAUUAGGACUCGUUAAUCAAUAUGUCAAUUUAAGUCUUGAUGCGUUUAAAAUGGACGAUGAGGGCAAACAGAGGUUAUCAACAUUGGAAGAUAUUCAUAAAGCAAUUUUACUUUUCAAUUGGUUAAGUUAUAGAUACCCCACAAUAUUCAUUGAUAGAGAACACGCAGUUGAGUUGAAAGAAUUGUGUGAAGCAAACAUUACAGCUGAAUUAAAGAAAACAUAUGAUAAUCAAAACAAGAUUAGGCAGAAAUUAUAUGAAAAAGCUGGUAUCAAAACUAAUACAAGUGGAAACACCAAGAACAAUGAAAUCAAAGCUCAGUCCAUAAAUGCGUAGUUAAUGAGUAAAAUAUUUAUUUCAUUUAAUGCGUUAUAGGAAUUGUAAAUAUUUAUAAAUAUAUAUAUAGGAUUAUUGGUAAUGUAACAUAUCAAAGAAGAUAUGUUCUUAAAAAGUAGUCUCAAAUAAUACAAGCUUAAGACACAA